UGUUAAAACACUGCGGCUGCAUCUCACUGGACACAUUAUUUUACAAUAUUUCACUCUACCGUACGUACAGUGACUUGGUCCGGCUGCACACUUCCCGAUUGUCAUGUACGAUAUGAUACAUGGGACCAAAUUCGCGUUACAUGUAGCUGUAGCACACCGGAGCCGCCACAAUGGGGAUCUUGGAGAAAAUUGCGGAAAUAGAGCGAGAAAUCGCUCGGACACAGAAAAACAAAGCCACGGAAUACCAUCUGGGUUUGCUCAAGGCCAAGCUAGCCAAAUACAGAGCGCAACUCCUGGAGCCCUCCAAGUCAGCGGGGGCCAAAGGCGAGGGCUUUGAUGUUAUGAAAUCAGGAGAUGCUCGUGUCGCUCUAAUCGGUUUCCCCUCUGUGGGUAAGUCCACCUUCCUUAGUUUGAUGACGUCAACAGCCAGUGAAGCUGCGUCCUAUGAGUUCACCACUCUCACCUGCAUACCUGGUGUCAUAGAGUACAAAGGGGCCAACAUCCAGCUGCUGGAUCUGCCAGGAAUCAUUGAGGGUGCUGCCCAAGGUAAGGGCAGAGGUCGACAGGUCAUUGCUGUUGCCAGGACAGCAGACGUCGUCAUCAUGAUGUUGGAUGCCACCAAAGGAGAUGUUCAGAGAGAGCUUCUAGAAAAAGAGUUGGAGUCAGUGGGCAUCAGACUCAACAGGUUGAAACCAAAUAUUUAUUUCAAGCCCAAGAAAGGUGGCGGCCUCUCCUACAACUCCACAGUUCCUCUCACCCACUGCUCAGAGAAGCUGGUCCAGCUCAUCCUUCACGAAUACAAAAUCUUUAAUGCAGAAGUCCUCUUCAGGGAGGACAGCACACCAGACGAGUUCAUCGACGUCAUCGUGGGGAACAGAGUUUACAUGCCUUGCCUUUAUGUGUACAAUAAGGUGGAUCAAAUCUCUAUCGAGGAGGUGGACCGUCUGGCUCACAGACCUCACAGUGUUGUCAUCAGUUGUGGGAUGAAGUUGAAUCUGGAUUACCUCCUGGAGACAUUGUGGGAAUACCUGGCUCUGAUUUGCAUUUACACGAAGAAAAGAGGAGAGCGCCCAGAUUUUGGUGAUGCAAUCAUUAUGAGAAGAGGAGCAUCUGUAGAACAUGUGUGCCAUCGAAUCCACAGAACCUUACAGAACCAGUUCAAAUAUGCCCUGGUUUGGGGAACCAGUACCAAGUACAGCCCUCAGAGGGUCGGCCUAACGCACAUCAUGGAGCACGAGGACGUCAUCCAGAUCGUUAAGAAGUAAAGCGAGCUCCUGAUUGGACAGAGGAGAGACUGAGCAGCAGGAGUCACGCUUUUGUCUGAGGAGUUAAAACGGAACAGAAGACCCACUGUACAGUAGAUAUACAACAAUGAUAAAUAGCCACCGUUCUUAUUUUGUAUAUGAAAAUUACCAAAAUGCAUUGAAGAGACAAAGCAGACUUGAGUUGGCUGAGGACAGCAAAUGGUGUAUUUUACCUUUUGAUUAUCAGAAGAUACACUGAUUCAGAGAGGAAAUGGAGAGAAAAGAAUAAAGCCCAUAAAAUGUUAAAGCC